AUGUCGAGUUCUCUGGAUCAGUUCAUUAUGGAAGAUGUGGCUAAAAACUGCCCCCAACAGUUUAUGGAAUACCACAAAUGUGUGGCCAAAAAUCGGGAGGACCCAAGCCAGUGUGGUUUUCGACAAAGAGACCUUGCCGUGUGCAUAAGACAAAAGGUACCAAGCGUGCAGAAAGUGAUGAGCCAUUGUGGGUCGCUAAUGGCCAACUACGAGGCAUGUGUGCGUGAAAACAUGGAGUCAAGAACUAUCAACGAAAAAUGCAUACCAUUGCUGAACCAAAUGCGGGAAUGUGCACAACAGCAGAUCCGAGGUGCCAGCCCUGUGAAUCAUAUGUAA